AGAGGCUCACUGCUUUGUGUUUCACCAUCUGAGAACGAACGCGGAAAACAAGAACAUUACUACUAGAGUUGUUUGUAAUGGUACAUAGCUGAUCAGUUCGCUCGAAUUUAUUGAUUCAAAAGUGAUCCCAAUUUGCCGCAAAAAUAAUGUGUUUAACUGUUCCAAAGUGUCCUGUUCUAAUAAAUUGUCAAGUGUAAACAUGUCUCUCUUGCCGUUAUUCUUGUGCAUCGCAGUCGUAGAAGUAUCUGCGUUCCCUAAUCGUCGACCGAUUAAUUACACCAUAUGCGAGACUGAUGCGUGUCACACAGUUGGACAGAUGAUUCAACGUGGUAUCAACUAUUCUUCCGAUCCUUGUGAUAAUUUCUAUAAUUAUGGAUGCGGUUCAUGGGCAGCAAACAAUCCUAUGCCCCCCAGUGCAUUAUAUUGGAAUACGGAUAAGGUGUAUAUUAUGAAGAUUAAUCGACGUCUGAAAGAAUUAUUGGAAGAACGAAGCAAACAUGACAAAUUGCCGCCUAUACGAAAGCUUAAGCAAUAUUAUCGCUCAUGCAUGGACGAAGAUGCGAUCGAGAAGGAAGGACUCGAACCUAUGAUGACAAUGUUAGAUGCGACCGGUGGAUGGCCAAUUAUAAUGGAGAAUGAAGGCACAAACUUGGAGAAUUAUACUUGGCAAGAUAUCGAUAAUGCUUACAUUCCGAUUUUUGGCUUUAGCAGUUUUGUUGAUAUUAGUUAUGAACCUGAUGAUGAAAAUUCAAACUACAAUAUACUUAUGAUAAAUAUAGAUAAAAUAUCUCUUACCGAAAACAAACUUUAUUCAGAAAGAGUGUUGUUCUCGAAUCCGGAUCUAACUAAAAUGGAAGAGAUAAUAAAAGCUUUUGCCAAAUACAAAGGAGCUAAGAUAAAUACAAACAGAAUGGACAAGGAAAUAGAAGAUUUAUUCCUUUUCGAAGAGAAAUUUAAAGAUAUCAUUAGAAAGUCAUAUGAAAACGUUUUUAAAGGACUGGAGAUAAAUCGUACCAAAAUGACGAUUUCAGAAUUACAAGAGUAUUACGAUCUUGCAAAAACGGAAAAUACCACUUCGAAGAUUAAUUGGUUACAGACGUUACAAUCUGUUUACAACAGUGUUAAUGUGAGUAUUAACGCUUCCGAACCUGUGAAUGUAUAUAACAAAAAGCUUCUGCACAAAUUGGCAUAUUUGUUAGACGCAACAUCGCCUCGUAUACUUGUGAAUUUCGUACAAUGGGAUAUUGUACGUAAACUUGUGCCGUUUCUGACCAAAAGUGUGAGAGACAUUGAUUUCAAAUCAACCCAUGAAAAAUACAAUGUAACCGAACAAAAACCUCGAUGGGAAACAUGUGUUCAGGAAAUACCAUUCCAAAACGCCUUGUCUUAUCUUUAUGUUAAGAACUACAAUAUAACACAUAAUAUAAAAGCUGUAAUUGAAAUGAUUGAGGAAAUAAAAACAGAACUGAAAAAACAUACAUUACAUUCAAAGUGGAUGGAUAAUAAUACGAAGGAAUUUAUAGUAUCCAAAAUAGAUAAUUUGGUACAAUUAAUUGGUCAUCCCGAAUGGUACAAUAAUCAAACUGCACUCAUCAAACGUUACGAAGGAUUCCAGAUAGGACAGAAUUAUUUCAAAAACGUUUUAACAGUCGUGAUAUACGAAUUGAGAAGAUUUCUCAAGGAAUUUCGAAAACCUGUGAAUAAAUAUGAAUGGUUUUAUUUCCCUCUAGAUAAAAAUUCCUACUAUGACCAAUCGAGUAACGGAAUAAAUGUACCAAUUUCUGAGAUCCAGGAUCCGUAUUUUGCUCCCGGCAUGCCGCUUGCGUUUAACUACGGUAGUGUAGGUACGGUUAUCGGACACGAGCUUACGCACAGUUUUGAUACUACUGGAAUGCAACACGAUAAGUUCGGCAAUAAAUAUUCACAACAUUCUAAGAAAAUGAAUGAAGCUUACAAGGAAAGACUAAAGUGCUUUGUGGAUCAGUAUAAUAAUUUCACAAUAAUAAGAACAGACGGAUAUGAAGAACGAGUAAAUGGCCUACUUACAAGGAACGAAAAUGUCGCUGACAAUACUGGCCUCGAAAUUGCCUUCGCAACAUUUAAAAGACUCUUGCUAACUGCGGGACCACAACCGAAAUUGCCAGGAUUAACGAAUGUAACUGACGAACAAUUGUUCUUUUUGUCCUAUAUAAAUGCAUGGUGUGGAACAUCAAGAAACUUUUAUGAGGAAGAUUAUAUUAACAAUGACGUUCACACAUUUCCAAGAUUUCGUACGAUCGGCUCUGCGUCUAACUUUGUAUCUUUCUCUAAAGUGUAUAACUGCUCAGUAAACAGUCCAAUGAAUCGUCAAUCCAAGUGCAACUUAUGGAAAUAGGCUGAAAUAUCUAAGAGAUUUUACAAAUUAAUCCGAACUAAAUAUUAAUGCGUUAACAAUACAAUACAAUACAAUACAACAAAUCUUUACGAUUUUAAAGGAACAAAGCUUCCUUGUACUAUUAACUCUAGGUUGAAUAAUCGAAACAACAUAGAAGAAAUAAUAUUAUAAAAAGCGAUUAGCGCUAUUUAUUAGUGGAAUUUUAUAAAUGAAAUAAAAA